AUGGCCGAUGGUUCGGCCGCAUGGUAUGUGACAGGCCACGCGGCCAAAACCAUCCGGACGAGAGUCCACCAGGCCGUUGCGCUAGGCGCCCCCAUGUCUGGGCUUAGGCUAGCGGACCUCGCAGACGAAGCCACGGAUGAUGCUGAUGUCGACUGGCUUCAUCAUGAAUACAAGCAACUUGCGACCAUGGCUGAGCUACCCAGCCGCCCUAUACCAGCUCCUCCAGACGCAGACUGGGCCCUCCCAGUGAUAAGCGCAUGCUAUGUCUGCGUCGAGACAUGGGAGACCCAGUUCCUAACCACCACGCCGAUGUAUAACCGCGCAUUUGAUAUGUACGGCUAUUUAGCCAUCCUCUUCUCGGGCUUUCGCUGA